AUGAGUGCUUUUUCUUGGUUACACUAUCUUUGCUCUGUGAUUAAGAUACCUGUAUUUUUUUUACUUUUCCUUAUAACAGAAAAUCAAAACAGUAUUAAGUCACGCCGGGCCCGUGAACGCGAUACUCACAAGCCUCGUUCCAUCAUUCAUCUCUAUUAUAAACUAGUUGAGACAGUUUCAGGCUUGGGCGAAUUAGUUAAUCUUCAACGUCUUACGGAUAGCCUGGUGCUUUCGCUAUCCAGCCUUGGUGUAUCAGCAUUCUUUGUUGAAAAUGUUGCCGAGCUACAACUGGCCGCUCUCAAGCUUGUUACCGGUAUUUUCUCUCAAUAUGAAGCACAUCGGAAGUUGAUAAUCGAAGAUAUCCUUGCAAGCUUAUCGCGGCUGCCUUCAAGCAAGCGUAACUUGCGUAGCUACAAGUGA